AUGAAUUCUUUAACAACAAUUGUUCUUUUUGGAUUUUGUGCUGUUGGAUUUGUUAAAUCAGCUUCUCUCGGUGAUGCUUUACUCACCGUAUACGCCGAUCCGAAUGCUGUCGUACCGGAAAAUUACGUUGAAUUAGAAAGAGCUAAAAGAGAACCGGAAGCGGAUCCGACUCACCAUAAAGAACAUCAUCAUUACCAUCAUCAUCAUCAUGAAGUUGAAGCCGUUGAACACGUACCUGUAGUCCAUUACGAAACUAAACCAGAAACCUGUCACAAAUGCGGUGGAGGAAAUGUUGGUGGUGGAGUCGGAGCUACUUUUGCACAAGCUUCUGCUGGUACCAUCAGCUCAAAUGCCGGUCACGGUGGUCAUGGUGGUCACGGUGGUUUAGGUGGUCAAUCAGCAAGUCAAGCUGCUGCUUAUAAUUUCGGACCAUUUUCAGCAAGUUUUAAAAUUGGACAACCUGCUUUUGAUGAAAUCGUUGUUGAAAGUACACUAACGGUAAGAGGUAAAGGACCAAGAAGUGGUAAAUCAUUGAUAACAAACAAUACAAAUAAAGAAGAAGUUAAAGUUGAAGAAUCCAAACCAAAAGAAGAAGAAUCAACACCACAAGUUAAAGUAGAAGCUGUAAAAAGAAGUAAAAGAAGUCCUCAGAGAUCAUGGGGUGGUAAUUAUGAUUUAUUAAGACAAUUUAUGUCUCGGGGAUUUUCUGGUCGUAUACCAACAGUAAGUACAUCAUCAUCACAAGCUUCUAGCAAUGCUUUUAACGUUAAAACUUUUAGUGGUAAUUUUGGUGGAGCUUCAUCGCAGUCGCAUGUUCUCGGUCCAAAAGGAUACCAGGGAUCUGUUGGACAAAGUGCAAGUCAAACCUAUUACCUUCCAGACGGUAGUAAAAUCUCUGUAAGUUUUGGUUCUUCACAAAGUCUCAACAACGGUGAACCUUCUUAUGGAAAAAGUCAUUCUUUAUCAAUAACGUACCCGAACGGAUCCGAACGGGUCAUAUAUGCUUAA